AUGACGCCUCAUCCCUCGGGUGUGCCAGCUGUCCAAGUGACCCAGGAGACAGAGCAGCCCUUCCAGGGCGUCUUCGACGACGAAGUGACCUGCGUGGCGUCGGCUCCGACCAGCCCGGCUCUCGUGCGGGGGAACUGCGCCGACGAGGAAGGGGGUGGCUCCCGAGGGGCCUCGAGGAAGCUCCGGACAAGACGCGGGGGACGCAGCCGGCCCAAGAGUGAGUUGGCUCUGAGCAAGCAGCGACGGAGCCGGCGCAAGAAGGCCAAUGACCGCGAGCGCAAUCGAAUGCACAACCUCAACUCGGCCCUGGACGCACUUCGCGGCGUCCUGCCCACCUUUCCCGACGAUGCCAAGCUUACCAAGAUCGAGACGCUCCGCUUCGCGCACAACUACAUCUGGGCGCUGACGCAGGCGCUGCGCAUAGCAGAUCAUAGCCUCUACGGGUUGCAGCCACCCACACCGCCCUGCGUGGAGCUGGGCUGCCAGGACGGCGGCUCCCCGGGGGACUGGGGCUCCCUCUACUCCCCGGUCUCCCAGGCGGGCAGCCUGAGUCCCGCCGCCUCGCUGGAGGAGCGUCACGGGCUGCAGGCGCCUACCUCUCCUGCUGGUCUGCGCCCCAGCGCCUUAGCUCUUUCAGACUUUCUAUGA